ACUCUCUUUCCCCUGUACACGCCUUUCGCCUUGCAUAUCGUCCGACAUGGCCUCCAUCUCGCAGAGCAUCAAAAACUUCACCGCCAUCACGCCCAAGGCGAAGGCGCUCGCCCAGAACGACAAUGACGUCGUUAUCGUCGCAGCAGUUCGCUCUGCAAUCACCAAGGCAAAGAAGGGUGGCUUCAAGGACACCCGGCCAGAAGAGAUCCUCUCUGGUGUCCUCAGUGCAGUUGUCAAGAAGGCUGGCAUCAACCCUUCCCUUAUUGGCGAUAUCACUGUAGGCAACGUCCUCCCCGCUGGUGGAGGCGCAACUGCUGCUCGUAUGGCCGCCCUCCACUCUGGCAUCCCCAAUACCGUCCCCAUCAGCACCGUCAACCGGCAAUGUUCGUCCGGCCUCCAGGCUGUGAACAUCAUCGCGGGAGAAAUUACCACCGGGCAGAUUGACAUUGGCAUUGGCGCUGGUGUAGAGUCUAUGACCUUCGGUUACGGAGGCGGCGCAAUGCCUGACGGCUUCUCCGAAGCGGUCCUCUCGAACCAAGAAGCCGAGGACUGCCUCAUCCCCAUGGGCAUCACCUCGGAGAACGUCGCCGCCGACUUCGGCAUCUCGCGCCAGGUCCAGGACGAGUUUGCGGCCAAGUCGUUCCAGAAGGCUGCCGCGGCGCAGAAGGCGGGCAAGUUCAAGGACGAGAUCGUGCCGCUCAAAGUGAAAUUUAUCGACCCGAAGACGGAGAAGGAGUCGGAGAUAAUAGUGGACCGCGACGACGGCGUGCGUGACGGCGUGACGGCAGAGUCGCUUGGGAAAUUGAAGCCGGCGUUCAAGAAGGACGGCUCUACGCACGCGGGGAACGCGUCGCAGGUCUCGGACGGCGCGGCCGCUGUCGUCCUCGCGCGCCGCUCGGUCGCGAGGAAGCUCGGUUUGCCGAUCCUGGGCAAGUUCGUCGCAGCUUCCGCGGUCGGCGUGCCCCCCCGCAUCAUGGGUGUCGGGCCGGCGUACGCUAUCCCUAAGGUCCUCGAGGCAACUGGGCUGUCGAAGGACGAUAUUGACUUCUACGAGAUCAACGAGGCGUUCGCGUCCCAGGCCGUCUACUCCGUGCAGCAACUCGGCAUUCCGUUCGAGAAGGUGAACGUGCACGGUGGCGCGAUCGCCAUUGGCCACCCACUGGGUUGCACCGGCGCUCGUCAAGUUGCGACUGGGCUGAACAUCGCGAAGCAGACUGGCAGCAAGAUCUUCAUCACGAGCAUGUGCAUUGGUUCGGGUAUGGGCAUGGCGGGUGUUUUCGUCAGCGAGCAGUGAGCGUGAGGCGCUGGGGUCUGCCCUUUGACCAAUGUGAUACCGCUGGCGUGUUGUUCGGCAUGAUUGGGAACUUCGUGUUGUACCAUGUGUAUCUCUACCUAAUUCCAUCUAUAUGAACUCAUGUGUGAGGACGAA